UUUUAAUAAAGUCAUAAAGUUUUCAUUUGUGGAUUUUGAUCUUUAUCAUAGGAAUGUUUUGCAGGCCUUUUUUAAAGGAAGGGUGAAAAUUAAAAGCGAUAAUUAACUAUCAUCAGGUGCGCUUUGUAGUGUUUUUUUCUUGUUGUCGUUUAGGAAUAGAUCUCGGAUGAAGUUGAGAAUUGGACCUUAUCCUUAGAAUAUUUUUUGUAUGACACUGGGCUUAAAAUGAAGAUGUAACUGAUACGUGUAUUUGACACGGGGAUGAUUGGCGAGAGACAGUCAUAAAAGUUACGAUUUUACCCGUCAAAUUGCGUAAGCGUUAUGAACCACUUAACUUACAUUUUAUUUCUGCGACGACUGUGAAAUAUCAACCGUUGGAAGGCGUUUUGGAUUUACCUCUGUUAAAUUUAAGGAAUUUUACGAGAGGAAUUGUGACUAUCUGGGGUUCUGUAUUUGCAAUCCUUAGUUUCAUUCAGGAUUUAGUUUUAUCGCAGCGUUCAAGAUAGAUAGAAGGCGACAGAAAUUUUCUAUGAUCCAGUCACCAGACGGUUAUAUAUCUCCGACUACAAAACAUGAGCUCCGAAAGUGAAGAUUUCGGAAACGCUAGCAGUGUUUCAUUGGACUGCAGGAAGAUACAUCUUUAAAAACUCAAAGGAAUUCUUUUCUUUCGACAAAAAUAGGAAACCUUCGCCAAAAAAUAAUUCUACAGAUGUAAAUACGGAAAAAAUAAUUUAGUGAACUUCAAAGAGUGUAGAACUCAAUAUCUGAGUGUCACCAGAAAUCAUGAAGUGAAAGGGGCAGAGAAGGUGGAUUUAAUGAUUUUUAAACAAGAAGGAUUUUUAUCAGAUAAAGCACGAAGAUGUAACUGAUUGACAGAUGUAGGGCUUUUAAAGUGGGCUGUCAACUUGUGGACUGGGUAGAUUCCUAUUGGUUCAAAAUUUGAUAUCUGAUUCACGGUACUAGUGGCUUGUUAAACAGUUAAAAAGGAUGUAAUCAGUGGAAAAGCAGGACUGAGGGUCGGAACACACCCAUAGCCAAUCACAGACAUACGAUUGGAUUAUUACAGACAGUGACAGCAACUUAAGGAUAUUAAUAUAGAUAUAUUGAACUGCCGCAUCAGUGUUUUAUCGGUGAUAAGUGUGGUACUGUUCUACUAGUACAGUUCUAUAUACUGUGAACAAUGAAUGAAUAAGGAGCCAACAUAACGUCAAAUUUCAAAGAGAGAGAGAAAAGAUUGUGUCGAACACACCAGAUAAAACUUAUCAAACCUUUGAUGUUUUCAAUUUUUCAGAAAUUGAAUCAUGAUUUUAAAUUAACAGCGAAAUGUAUUACAGGGAAAAUCCAGAGAAUUAUAUGAGGGCUGAUAUACAGGUGGGAAGGUUUAAACUGUCAUCGGCGUAAAAGUGACGUUAUUCGUAUUCAUCAUCGAACGUAGAACUGGGGGCAUCGGUAUGCGCUCGUCCGCGCUUCUCUCCGUGCUCCAAACAGCAGUGUUUGCCUUUCUCAUUCUUACUGGACCCUCCUUACAGUGCGCCUCGCCGCGGGGAUCGGGGCGGAGGCACAGGCCCGGAAAUAGGACCCCACUAGUGUAUAAACAGCAUGUGCCGAACGUCUCAGAAAACACUCUUGGUGCCAGCGGCUUAGCGGAGGGGCGUAUUACCAGGGACGAUCCGAAAUUCAAAAAACUGGUGACAAAUGACAACCCAGACAUCAUUUUCCGAGACGAGGAGGGGGACGGGUCCGAUCGAAUCAUGACACAGAGAUGCAAAGACAAACUGAAGAUUUUGGCCAUAUCAGUCAUGAACACAUGGCAAGGGGUCAAACUUCGAGUGACCGAGGCCUGGGAUGAUGAUGGCCACCAUGCCAAGGACUCGCUCCAUUACGAAGGAAGAGCCGUAGACAUCACAACCAGCGACAAAGAUAGAGCAAAGUACGGCGUGUUAGCAAAACUGGCGGUGGAGGCAGGGUUCGACUGGGUUUACUUUGAGUCCAGGGGCCACAUUCACUGUUCCGUUAAAUCAGAUUCGUCUGCGGCCAUUAAAAUUGGAGGCUGUUUCCCGCCAAUGGCAACAGUGUACACAGAACAUGGUGGAACUAUGAACAUGGCAGGUCUUCAACUCGGAGACAAAGUUCUUAGCUUAAAAGCCAAUGGGAAGCUCGGUUACAGCGAGGUCGUAUCAUUCCUUGAUAGGGACGAAAACCGUGCUGGAAUGUACUAUACAAUAACUACAAGUGAUGUACGAACCAUAACUCUUACUGAUAAACAUCUCAUCUACACUUCAGCCACGAAUUCAUCUUCAAUCGAAUCCUAUGUUGCAAAUUACGCACAAACAGUUCAAAUUGGUCAGUUUGUUUUAAUUAAUGACAAUGAUAGUGAAGUCAGAUCGUCACAAGUGACGCACGUGACGUCACAAACUGUGAAAGGUGUGUAUGCGCCUCUGACACAUGAUGGGACCAUUGUUGUGAAUGGAGUUGUGACGUCAUGUUAUGGUGUCAUCAAUAGUGAACGCAUUGCACACUUAUCUUGCAGCCCUCUUCGAUGGAUGCAUUCUUUAUCAAAAUACAUUCCUUUCAUAUCACGUGAUACGGAACAAAAUGGCGUUCAUUGGUAUGCCGAGUUCCUCUACUCAGUUGGAAGAAUCUUCCUUAGUCCGGAUUUGCUCUACAUUGUCUGACCAGUUUCGACAGUUGUUAUGCUAAUAACAUUGGGUGUCCUUUGAUUAACAUUGGAAAAAUGAAUGAUUUUAAGAUUUCUUGUUGUGAUUUGGGAAAAUGAGUUGAAAUUUUCUGAAUGAUUGAUAUAACCAUAUAACCUUAUACUGCCAGUGGAUUACGGACGGAGAUGUGACCAUAUUAUGAUUCAUAACUUAUUUUUAUUUAUUUAUUUCCACUGGUCCUUCGUGAUUUAAAAAUCCGUAGUGCAUCAUUUCUCUGUUUAACAACCCACUGUCUCCUUGCUGCACUGUUACUGAAUCCAAUAUAUUGAUGAUACUAGCCGUUUAUUACCGAUAUGACGGGUUUUUUUUCUAUGUCAGAGUGUAACCAGGCCCUGAUGAAUGAAAGAUAGAAACAAUUAUGAUUUAUUAAUAUCAUAGAUAUACCCAUGAUUCCACGACCACGUAAAUGAGUCAAAAAUAUCAAUAUUUAUUGUCAAUAUUCAUUUAUUAUCUUCACAUCCUCUUUAAGUGCAUAUAGGUCGUUUGUUGACUUUCUGAAUCGCCUUGUCAUUCAUUGCUCUAAUGUUUAGCUCUAUAAUGUCAUGUUUACAAGACGGUCGAUACGCAAAGCAAUAUUUCUUUACUAUGGUUCAUUCAGUUCGUGUUCAACUACAGUGUAACAUUCCAGUUACAUUUCUUGUGUGUAUAGAUGAGAAUUUUCAUGAUCGUGAUAUGAAAUUUAAAAAAAUAAUGACUGAACCAUUGAUUAGCAUGUGUGACAAUGAACAAAAUAUUGUUUCUUUCAGGAGGUUCAGUAAUUUUUAAUGCACGUUUCUCUGUCGGUUCAUCAUGACCGCACAAAUUUUAUCACGGUAAAAAGCGAUUGAUGCUGACACCAGCAUUUCGUGAAAAUCUUCAAAUUCUCAGUUUAUGUAAGUUAUUUUUUUUUUAAAUAUGAAUGUAUGGCAGGAUCAAUUGUGUAUUCAAUUAGAAAUCCCAAUGUAUUAUUUGAAAUGACACAUGUUUGGAGUUGAUAGAUUUUUGAUUACUAUAUUUGAUUAUUAGUUGAAAGAUGCUUGAUAAAAUUGUAGUUAUAUGAGGUACGAUUGAAGUUGGUGCUAUUGCUUGUGCUGUUCAAUUGUUCAACUGCACGUGUUCUCAAAAUGAAAGUUCUGCAUUAUGUUUAUAGUUAUUUCGUUGUACAAUGAAAUAUUGUAAUAUUUGUUAUGUAAAUUAUUUUUCUGACGUCACAGUGUGAAUGUCAUGUUUUAGUCUGCAGAAAUGUUAGAAUAAAAAAAAUAUCUUCA